AUGGCUGUGGUUGCAGUGCAGCAAUUCGUGUGCUUCUCGGAAUCAAAUUGGAGGAAUAUAACACGGCCGUGCAUUCCCUCUCACAGUACAAUUCUUCUACGUUCAAGCAAAAAAAAUCAUUUUUCUCUGAUUUCAUGCUCUUCAUCACAGACCCCAGAAGCUGAUACUCAGACCGCUGAAUCUUGCGUCAAUUUGGGUCUCGAGCUCUUCUCCAAAGGACGGGUUAAAGAUGCUUUAACCCAGUUCGAAAGUGCACUUUCCUUGGGCCCUAAUCCAGUGGAGGCCCAAGCUGCGUUCUACAACAAAGCUUGCUGCCAUGCAUACAGGGGAGAAGGAAAGAAAGCAGCUGAUUGUCUCCGCACUGCUUUGAGGGAAUACAACCUGAAAUUUGGUACCAUACUCAAUGAUCCCGACUUGGCAUCCUUCAGAGCAUUGCCUGAAUUCAAGGAACUACAAGAAGAGGCUAGGCUUGGUGGGGAAGAUAUUGGUUACAGUUUUCGGCGAGAUCUAAAACUUAUUAGUGAAGUUCAAGCACCAUUUCGUGGGGUUAGGAGGUUCUUUUAUGUAGCACUGUCAGCAGCUGCAGGAAUAUCAUUGUUUUUUACUGUGCCAAGGCUAAUUCGUGCAAUUAUUGGUGGUGAUGGUGCUCCUGAUCUCUUGGCUACUUCUGGGAAUGCUGCCAUCAAUAUUGGAGGUAUUGUUGUUCUUGUGGCAUUAUUCUUUUGGGACAAUAAAAAAGAGGAGGAACAACUUGCACAAAUAUCUCGAGAUGAGACACUAUCAAGGCUGCCUUUGCGGCUUUCAACUAAUCGUGUGGUUGAACUUGUGCAGCUACGGAAUAUAGUUCGACCGGUUAUAUUAGCAGGAAAAAAGGAAACAGUGUCUUUGGCUAUGCAAAGAGCCGAGAGAUUUCGCACGGAGCUCCUUAGACGCGGUGUUCUGUUAGUUCCUGUCAUCUGGGGAGAAGGUCGGGAAACAAAAAUUGAGAAGAAAGGAUUUGGUCUGCAGCCAAAAGCUGCUGAAGCUCUUCCAUCUAUUGGGGAAGAUUUUGAGAAGCGAGCACAGUCAGUAACUGCAAAAUCGAAGUUGAAAUCUGAAAUUAGGUUCAAGGCUGAGGUUUUGUCGCCUGCUGAAUGGGAACGGUGGAUAAGAGAUCAGCAGAAGUCCGAAGGAGUUUCACUUGGUGAAGAUGUGUACAUAAUACUGCGCUUAGAUGGAAGAGUUCGAAGAUCAGGGAAAGGCAUGCCUGAUUGGCAGCAAAUUGUGCAGGAGCUACCACCAAUGGAAGCAUUUUUAAGCAAGCUAGAAAGAUGA